AUGUGUGCGACAGGUCAAGCUCGGGGUAAUACCCCCUUGGAUGAGGAGGUCAUGAUUCACUUUGAUGCCUAUAACAUCCACCUGGAUACGCCUACCUCCUGUGAUAAGUACCCAGCCAAGCAGCAUGCGCGUAACGUCGCUAGGAAGCUUGGAGCUUCCAGGGGCUUAAUCUUUCUUUCCGGACAGCCCACGAUCAACCUGCGUGACUCAGACCAAUCACGUCCGUUCCGACAACGGCGCUACUUCUACUAUCUGAGCGGAGCCGAUGAAGCUGACUGCGCCCUGACAUAUGAUAUCGGUCGCGAUAUACUCACUCUCUUCGUGCCCGACUUUGAUCUCCACCGCGCCAUUUGGAUGGGACCGACUCUGUCACGGGAAGAUGCUCAAGACCGAUACGAUGUGGACUAUGUUAGAUAUCAUACCUCGCUCAAAUAUGAGCUGAAAGAAUGGGCAGAUGAGCGCGACCAGGAUACCGAGUUAUACCUCAUCCAUGAAUCAGAAAAGCCCAAAUCUCUGCCCAAGGAUCUCCCCGUGAACCUUACAAACCUUGAACAGGCCAUGAACGCGGCACGAGGCAUCAAGGAUGAAUACGAGAUUCGCAUGAUUCGCGAAGCUAACAAGAUCUCCGGACUUGCGCAUCGCAAGAUCUUAGAGAGCAUCAAGUCAUUUUCCAAUGAGUCGCAGAUCGAGGGCUCGUUCCUGAACACAUGCGUAUCGCACGGGGCCCGCAAUCAAGCAUACCAAAUCAUCGCGGCCUCCGGUCCCAACGCGGCCGUUCUCCACUACUCUCGGAAUAAUGAGCCUCUCCAUAAGAAGCCGCUCGUAUGUGUCGAUGCCGGUGCAGAGUGGAAUUGCUACGCGAGUGACGUCACACGGACCUUCCCGUUGACAGGGGAAUGGCCCAGCCAGUACGUUCGAGACAUCUACAAGCUUGUUGAGCGCAUGCAAGAAGAGACGAUCCGCCGGAUGGGCAAAGGAGUGCGCUAUCGUUCACUACAUGACCUCGCGCACGACAUCGCGAUUGAAGGGCUGUUGUCUCUUGGCAUGUUGAAGGGCUCCUUCAAUGAGGUUCGCGAAUCUGGCGCAUCCAAAGUUUUCUUUCCUCAUGGCCUAGGUCACCACGUUGGCCUUGAAGUGCACGAUGUCUCUGAGGGGUCGAUCAUGGCACUCGGAGAGCGUAAUCAGAACUGGACAUCUGAUCUGCUCUCGCCUUGUACUCUCUCCGCUCCUCUGUUGGAGGAGGGUAUGGUCGUCACUGUUGAACCGGGACUAUAUUUCUCGCCACUGGCUCUUGAUAAUGCCCGCAAGCAGCCGUACGCCAAGUACAUUAACUUUGACGUUGCAAAGGAAUAUGUGCACAUCGGUGGUGUUCGUAUUGAAGAUGAUAUUCUUGUGACUGCCACUGGAUACGAAAAUCUCACUACCGCACCAAAAGGCGAAGAAAUGCUCGCUGUCAUUCGAGGAUCUACUUAG